AUGCCUACUUCAUCUACUGGUGCCAUCUACAGUCCUACCAAUGCGGACAACGGGCCUCAGGCCGCCUCCAGCGAUGGUGCGAAGUUAGUCAUCCUCGCUGGCAUCCCCGACGAUCCCAAAUAUUGCAUGGAUCGAUUUCUCAGCGAUAACAACGAAACAUCUGCCGAGUAUCAGCGUCCACCCAUCGAAUUUAGCCAGACACAGAGCGAAGACGAAGCAGAAGCCAAGUCGAAAACCCGUAUCCUUGCCAAGUUGUGCGCUUUUGACAAGAAACUUGCCUCAACGAGUGGUCGGAAUAUAGCAAACAAAUGUCUAGUGGAGCGCACAAAUGUGAUUCGCCAAGAUACGAGAAGAAUGGCAAUUCUCGUAUUGAGGGCUACUGAUAAAUUGGGAAAUUGA